CACCCCUUAAGAAGUGUUCACUCUUAUAAAAUUAUUUUGAAAAAAUAAGAUCAAUUUUAUCACGAAAUCACAAAGAUCACUUAUUUUGAAAAAAAAAAAAAAUUCUAAAACACCAUUUACUUAAUAAGAAUUAACUUUUGGCAUAAUAAAGUUGUAAGAAAUGGAUGCAAGCGCCAAACAAGCAAAUGUUGCGGCCAUUUUCUAAACUUGUUCAUGCUGUAGUAAAACCCAAUUCCAAUAACUCCCAUUACAACUAUCACAACUCCAGUUUUCAACUAGAAGACUCAUUUUUAGCUUUGCUUAAAAAAUGUUCCCACAAAAAUCACAUUUAUCAAACACAUGGCUUUAUGAUACAUCGUGCUUUAGAUCAAGAGAACUUCAUUCUCAGCCAAUUUUUCCACACAUGUUCCACCCUUGGCUUUGUCAACUAUGCAUAUUCAAUUUUCACUUCAAACCCCAAUCCAAACAUAUAUCUUUACAAUACUAUGAUCAGUAUUUUCUCUAAACAAGAGCAUUUAUUUAAGGAUGCUAUUUUCCUUUAUAGACAAGCUAGAGCUAUUGGCUUAUAUCAUGAUACUUACUCUAUCCCUUUUGUGUUAAAUGCAGUAACUUGUCUUAUCACCGUUAGGAAAAUUCAUUGUGAAGCUAUUUUAACUGGAUUGAACAAUGAUGUACAUGUAGCAACUUCUGUUGUACGGGCGUAUUCUUCUUUUGGGUGCGUAUCUGAUGCACGCGAGGUGUUCGAUAAAAUGCCUGACAGAAAUGUGGGCUUGUGGAAUGCUGUGAUUGCGGGUUAUGUUAAGGCUCGUGAUAUGGAUACCGCGAAGUACUUGUUUGAUGAUAUGGGUGAGAAGAAUGUGGUUUCUUGGACUACUAUGAUUGCGGGGUACGCUCAGGGGAAUCAGUUUUCUCAAGCAAUUGGUGUUUUUCGGAAAAUGAUGGAAGUUGGCGCGAAGCCUGAUGAAGUAACGAUGUUAGCUGUGCUUUCGGCUUGUGCUCACUUGGGUGAGGUUGAAUUGGGUGAAUGGAUACAUAGUUAUGUUAUAAAACACAGGUUACGCAGAACUGUGUCUCUUAAUAAUACACUUAUUGAUGUGUAUGCAAAAUCGGGGAAUGUAAAGAAGGCGGUUGAGUUGUUCGAGAGCAUGGAAACGAGGAGUGUUGUUACUUGGUCGACAGUGAUUUCUGCGUUGGCUGUUAACGGAUAUGGAAGAGAAACACUUAACAUGUUUUCGCGAAUGGAAAUGGUUGGGAUUAGGCCGAAUAGUGUUACGUUGAUAGCGGUAUUAUCUGCGUGUAGCCAUGCAGGACUUGUGGAUGAGGGAAGAUUGUAUUUUAAGACAAUGGAAGAGAAACAUGGUAUUAGUCCUGACAUCAGACACUAUGGUUGCAUGGUUGAUCUUUUAGGGCGUGCUGGUUACCUUGAUGAGGCUGUAAAUGUGGUUAAAAUGAUGCCGUUUGAAGCAAAUGCAGCGAUUUGGGGAUCAAUUCUUGCUGCAGCGAGGAAGCAAGGUCAUGUUGAACUUGGGGAGCAAGCUCUGCGGCAUCUAGCUGAAGUCGAACCGCAUAAUAGUGGGAAUUAUUCUCUUGUGUCCAAUACAUAUGCUGCUCUUGGUAGGUGGAGUGAAGCUAGUGUAGCGAGAAAGAUCAUGAGGGACACAGGAGUCAAGAAGUUGCCAGGCAGCAGCUUCAUCAAGGUGAAAAACAGAGUUUAUUAUUUCUAUUCAGGCGACAGAUCACAUUCUGAGUGUGAGAGUAUAUACAGAGUUCUGUCACAGUUAAACAGGGUGUCAAAGGCGGUACUGAAUGAAGAUUGGGGAUAUGAAGGGCUUCUUGCUGCUGAUAACCCUCAAGGGAUCACUUAUAAGAAGAGGGGUAGAACUUUGCAUAACUUGACUGAUUGUUUCAAGGACAAGUGUACCCAAAUACGAACACUUUUGAAUCAUGCAGGUCCGUCCGAUCUAGAAGCUCAAGCUAGUAGUGAGACUGCAACUUUGCUUUCUUGCCCAGAUCCAUCAAAGUAGACAGUUCAGUCAGCAAACCAUGCAAGCUGUGCAACCUCACAACAGAUUAACAGGGUUACUGUCUGCUGCAUGCUUAAAGAGCGCCUCAAUCACACGAGGCACAACCCCUGGAAACUCCUCUGUGCCUUCCUGCAGCUAAAUCUAUGUAGCUCGAACUCUCCAGAAUGUUGUCGCACCCAUGUCGGAUCCUCCAAAAAUGCACUACUUUUGAAGAAUCUAACACACAUCCAGUGACAUUUUGAAGAUUCUGAGCGACAGAGAGGUAAACUGCACACUGGGCGAUGAGCGGGCAAUAAUUAUUGUAUAUCAUUUUACGGUAGGAUGCUUACACUUCUGGUUGAGAUGUUUUGCUUUGCAUGUUAAAACGGAAGUGAAUCUAAACAUAGGAAGUAGUUGAGGAUAUACCAUUGUGAAUGUUUUCCCUGUGCCCGUCUGCCCAUAAGCAAAUAUGCAGGCGUUAUAGCCAUCCAAAGCAGACUUGAUUAUUGGUUCUAUUUCUGAAAAGACCUCACCUGCCGUAGCAA